UGUCGCUGCGGCGCCGGAAGCGGCGCGGAGGGAGCUCGGGGCGGCGGCGGCGGCACCGCCGAGCCGGGACCGGCCCUGCUCUGCCCGGCCCAGCCCAGCCCCGCCUCAGCCUCCCCGAAGCCCCGAUGGACAUGGGAGGAGAGCAGCACACAUCCUGACCCCCGCCCCACACGGCUGCCCCCUGCCAGCCCCCGGGACUAUGGAGGAGUGGAAGCCCAACCCCCCUGUGAAGCCCCACAAGAAGAGGAGCUGGUACCUUGCCUGGAAGUACAAGCUGAUGAACCAGCGCGCACUGCGGAAGCUGUGCCAGACAGGUGCUGUCCUCUUCCUGCUUGUGACCGUAAUUGUGAACAUCAAGCUGAUCUUGGACACCAGGAGAGCUGCUUAUGAGGAGGAAGAGGAGUCUGCACAGGACUAUGAUGAUGAGAUGCUGAAUGUGGAAGUCCCCAGACACCCUGUCAACAACAAGAAGGUCCUGGAUGUGGAGGUGUACUCCAGCAGGUCGAAGGUCUAUGUGGCCGUGGAUGGGACAACGGUCCUGGAAGAUGAAGCUCGGGAGCAGGGAAGAGGGAUCCAUGUCAUCGUCUUAAAUCAGGCCACGGGACAUGUGAUGGCCAAGAGGGUUUUUGACACCUAUUCCCCCCACGAAGAUGAAGCCAUGGUACUUUUCCUCAACAUGGUUGCCCGGGGCCGGAUCCUAAUUUUCACCAUUAAGGAUGAAGGCUCCUUUCACCUCAAGGAGACAGCCAAGAAUGUCCUGAAAAGCCUGGGGAGCCAAGUUGCACCUUUCCUGAGCUGGAGAGACAUGUGGACAUUUGUGGGGAAGAAGGGGGGAGAAGUGUAUGGGGAGAAGCACGCCAAGUCACCUGCCCUCUCGACGUGGGGUGACCCUGUUCUGCUGAAGACAGAAGUUCACUUGACAUCUGUGGAAGAUGCUGAGUGCCAUUGGCCUGACACGGAGCUGAACCGGCGCCGCAAGCGGUUCUGCAGCAAAGUGGAAGGAUAUGGCAGCGUCUGCAGCUGCAAGGACCCCACACCCAUCGAGUUCAGCCCUGAUCCCCUCAAAGACAAUAAAGUCUUUGAUGUGCCAGUAGCUGUCAUUGCAGGGAACCGCCCCAACUACCUGUACAGGAUGCUGCGUUCCUUGCUGUCGGCUCAGGGUGUCAAUCCACAGAUGAUCACAGUCUUCAUCGAUGGCUACUAUGAGGAGCCAAUGGAUGUCGUGGAGCUGUUUGGCCUCUCAGGAAUACAGCACACUCCCAUCAGCAUUAAAAAUGCCAGAGUUUCCCAGCACUACAAAGCCAGUCUGACUGCAACCUUCAACCUGUUCCCGGAUGCUAAAUUUGCUGUGGUUCUGGAGGAAGAUCUUGACAUUUCUGUUGACUUCUUCAGCUUUCUGAGCCAGUCAAUACACCUUCUGGAGGAGGAUGAGAGCCUGUACUGCAUCUCUGCUUGGAAUGACCAGGGCUAUGAGCACACAGCUGAGGACCCAUCACUCCUGUACCGUGUGGAAACCAUGCCAGGCCUGGGAUGGGUGCUCCGGAAGAGCCUGUACAAGGAUGAGCUGGAGCCAAAGUGGCCAACCCCAGAGAAGCUCUGGGACUGGGACAUGUGGAUGCGGAUGCCUGAGCAGCGGAAGGGCCGGGAGUGCAUCAUCCCGGACAUCUCACGCUCCUACCACUUCGGCAUCGUGGGGCUCAACAUGAACGGCUACUUCCAUGAAGCCUAUUUCAAGAAGCACAAGUUCAACACUGUUCCAAAUGUCCAGCUUAAAAAUGUGGAGAGCUUGAGAAAGGAUAACUAUGAGACUGAAAUUCAUCGGCUCCUGGGUGAGGCUGAGGUCUUGGACCACAGCAAGAACCCCUGUGAAGACUCCUUUGUGCCCGACACUGAGGGCAGGGUCUACGUCAUGUUCAUCAGGAUGGAGCAGGAAGCAGAUUUCACCACCUGGACUCAACUUGCCAAGUGCCUCCACAUCUGGGACCUGGACGUCCGUGGGAACCACAAGGGGCUGUGGCGGCUGUUCCGCAAGAAAAACCACUUCCUUGUGGUGGGGGUCCCUUCCUCCCCCUAUUCGUUCAAGAAGCCCUCGUCGGUGACACCAAUCUACAUGGAGCCCCCUGCCAAGGAGGAGGGGGCAGUGGCAGUGCCAGCGGUGGCAGCAGCAGAGCAGACGUGAGGCUGGCAGCUGGAAGAAAAGGGGACUGGGAGAGCACAGAGACCCCCACGGUGCAGAGACACAGUUGGCAGCAGCUCUCGGAGGCUGGUGACUGGAUACAGACUCCUGUUUUGGGCUGCAAAAGCAGAUGUUGGGCUCCCUCCAGCCCCCCAUUGUGGUCUCCCUUUCCCUUGCACAGGACAGGGUCCUUCCCUGUAGAUAUGCCACCCCAAUCCCAGGAACCUGGAUUUUUUUUAACACAGACACUACUAACGCUGCUCCUUUUGCCCCCUGGCUGGGCAAGGCUGGAGGAAGGAGAUGCUCAACUGGAGCCUAGAGAGGGCCUCAAAAAACACCUCUGCUCUCCUUUUUGGCCCUGAAGUCCUGAGAAGGCAGCAUGGUGCAAGUGCUGCAGCCUGCCAGCUGGGUGUUAUUUAUUAACUCUUGCCUGCUGGCUUUGUGCCCCAUGUGAACACAGUGCUGAAGAGGGGAUAUUCCAGCAUCUCUCCUGUUACCUGCACGAUGGAUGCACCUUGAAGGCUGUGUGCUGGGUUGGACAUCUUCCUGCACACUGGCUUUGCUGCAUGGGCUGCAGGCACUGGUGCAGCCCAGCUCACAGAAAAGGGAAUGCUGGAGAGGAGCUGGACUUGCUGCAGACACAGAGGGACACCCCACACCCAGCACAAGGGCGGUCAGUUCUGGAAGCUGGAGGUGAUUGUAGGUGGACGUGGACCAGGCCAUGUGCUCUGGCUCAGACUGUCCUCACCCACCUUCUCUGUGGGGGGCAGCCCUGCCUCUGGGUCAUGGGAGAGGGGGUGAAAGUGCCUUGCAGAGUGAGAAUGGAGCAGCCAGCAGGCAUCAUCCCCUGGCUGCAGGGGCUGGGUUUGCCAGGGUCAUCAGGAGCAGGAGAUGCUGCACUAUGGUCCUUGCCUGUGGUACUGUACCCUGCCUCUCCAUCCUUCCUGCCCUGGUACCCCCUGCUUUUGCUGAAGGCAGGGGGAGUUUCUUCUCCUGAAUUCCCACCCUUACUGUGGUAAGUUGCUGGCAGGGAAGCUAUGAGCUGGUCUGGGAUGGGCAGCCUGGCCCUCCCACUGUGCAGAGGGAGAGGGUUCCGUGCCUUAGGAAGGAUCCCAGGGCCCCCUCCCAUGCCCAGCCAUUUGGUACUAAUCCCCCUGCACCCCAAGGGGGCAGUCCUGGUCCCCUUGUUCAGUGCAGCUCCUCCUCUCAUCUGUGCAGCAGAUUGAUUCUCUGCCCAUCCCCUGGCCUUGGGCAGGGAUGCAGUGCUCAGGCUUGCCUUUGGGAGAAGGAAUUGCUGCUCAGCCCUUUCCCUGAGGUAGCAGGGGCUCUUUCCCUUCAUUUUCUCACUGUGAACUGAGCAUUGGGGUCUACACUACACUAACUUAUUUAUUUAUUACUCCUGGGAAGGAGUGAAUAACAGGAAGCAGCAUGGAGAGCUGGCAGCCCCCAGCCUGCACAGGUGCACUCAUGAGAGGUUUGUCUCUCAUCCCCUUGGCUCCACCCUCUGUUCCCUGCUUUUCUCCCUUGCCCAGAACAGGAAUGAAAACUUGUGAACCAGGGAACUCCUCUUGGCCAGGAUCAUCCCAGUGUGGAUGCAGCACAGCUCUGGCAUGACUGCAGGGACUCUGACCCUCACAGUCCCUUGCAUGCCUGCCCCAGCAGCAGGGUUGGGAUGGAUGCAGGAGGGAACAGGAGCGUGCAGAGUGGCACCCCUGAGGCUGCAGUACUGGUCUGGGGCUCAGCCCUGCCCUCCCCAGCCACCCCCAGUGCUGCCCUGAUGGCCCCUGUGCUAGCCCUCAGGGUAAGGCAGGUCUUUUACAAGGAUGGAAAAGGGAUUUGACUUCUUUCUGAGGAAAAGUAGCUUGCUCCUCAUGCCCUGCUUUGGAAGAACUUCCCAAUGGCUCUCCAUUGCCCUUCCUUGGCACCUCUGUUCCCAAGGCUCAGUUUCUCUUCCCCUUGAAACUAAAUGCAUCCUCCUGCCCUUCUCAGGUAGGGCUCAGGCUUGGCUUCUUCCAAGCUCCUCUUGGGGCUGGGGAAGGUGGUCCUAGGGAUAGGGGAUGGCUAAACAUGAGUUCCCCUCUCCUGCCCUGCCAAACAGGGCUGUGGCUCCCUGCUCUCAGUGACAGCAGGACUCAGCUGGUGGGCUUCAGGCUCCCCCUUAUCCACACACCAUGCCAGGCCCACGGGGUGCUGUUCUCCAUCCCUCCCUGUCCCCCCAGCAAGGCUCAGGAGUGGCAGCCGUGGCAGGGCUGGGUGUGUGGCAUCACCAGGGUUUGAUGCUUUCUGAAUGGAAUUAUUUUUUCAAGAGUAAACAUUGCAAAGCUGUUGA